UGAUAGGCCUAUAUCAAGCCUUUGUUUCAAAGAUAUAAUUGUGUAAGAAAUUUGAAAAAAAAUAUCUUCAGAUAAGUUGAAUCCCAAAAUGAUGCAAACUCAAACAAAGAAGAUAAAACAAUUUCAACGUCUCAAAGAUUUUCAAAUGAAGAGACCAAGCCUCGAGAUGAAAAAAUUGCAGUUAAAAUGGAAAAGCUAAAAAAUAAUAUAAAUUUUGAAAGGUCUCUUACAUCUCCCGGUGAUAAAUAUCCGAUCCGACAACAACCUAUUUUGAGGGAGCAAGCCAACACUCGGGAAAAUAACAAUUCAUCAGUAAAAAAUAAUGUUGUUAAACAAUAUAGUUCGUUAACGCUAAGAAGAAUUGGAACUGCGUCUGAGAGUAAACUUGUUAAACAGAACUGGCGAUAUCUUGGUAAAUCGACAUCACAAAAAGCAGAUAAACAAAAAAGAGGACAAUUAAAAAACAAGGAUCAUACUGAUCUUAGUAGUAGUAUAAAACCCAAGGGAUGUAAUGAAACGGUAAAUAGCAGUGAAACAACAAAGAAAAAUGAAUUAUUAGAUAUUAUGGCAAAAGAAAACGUCAUUGACAAUAUUUCAGUAUCACAUUUACGAUUAUCAAAAUAUCGGAAAACCGAACUAAAUAGCCAACAUCUUGACUCAAUUCUCAAAUUCUAUUCUGAAAAAGUCACAAUAGAUGUUGAUAUUAAAAAUGAAACACAUGAUAAUAUUAAUGAGCUACUUGACAAAAUUCUAAAUAAAAGAGAAAACAGAGCUCGUUUUUCAAAGGAGGCUACCACCGAAGGUUCAUAUGCUGUUGGAGUAAAAGUAGGAAAAGCAGAAGAGUUAGACUAUAGUGUUGAUAUCCUAAUCAAUUGUCAAGAACUAGAACUAAGUGAUGAGCCGGUUGACUUCGAAUUCGAAUGGGAUGACAUUGACAGUCAUGAUAGAAAUAAAGUAAACAUUCCAUCGACCUUCGUACACACAGGGAAGCGAUAUUUUCCAAAUGAGAGGAGAUCCUUACGUCCAAACCCUAACGAACCCUACGUGCCUGAUGGCUUUAAAGCUGUUUAUGUUUCUCGGCGGGUUAAUUCAAGAUUUCCAAAUUGCUGUGUACCGGAUAGAAAACGGACGAUGAUUUUGCCAUACUAUCUCCUGUCCGAGUUUCACGACUUUGUCAAUAAUGCUGUGUAUGGACUUGAUGCAGUUAGUUUAAACCGUGGUGCUAGAGGUCCGGCUGUAACGCUGACAAUCCAACAGGACGACGGGCCAAAUAUUUCCGUAGAUAUAACUCCAAAAUUAACCUUAUCAAAUGAGAUAAUAAGUGUCACAGACUUUGGGUGGCCAAGACGCGACACUAAAAAGUGGCUCACGAAAGAAAAAAUAGACAUUGUGAAAUGUCAGCAGAUAUAUUUGGUGCCUAAAGGAGAUAAAUACUGGAAAAUUUCGUAUGCAAACUGCGAAAAUGAACUUUUGAGAGAUAUUGAUGACGCAAACACGUGGCGCAAGGCAUGCCUUAGAAUUAUGAAAAAGAAGUUGAUGCAAUGGAAGUCAAAAUCGACCGGAUUAAAAGAAAUUUCCUCGUACCUAUUAAAGACAACACUUUUGUGGCUGUGUGAAAUUUUACCAAAGGAUGAAUACUGGUACAAAGAAGAACUAGCCAACCGCUAUCUGAACUUUUUACAAGAGUUUGCACAUCGUCUACAUAAACGACACAUAGGGGAGUAUUUCAAUCCGACCGUAAAUCUACUUGAAAACAAGGAUGAUGACUGUAUCGAUGAACUUAAAGAUUUAAUAGAAGAAGAAAUCUCUUUGUUCAACCAAUGAAAACAGUUUCGUAAGGCAAUAUCUUCGGUAUUUGAAAUCUACCCACAAGAUGAAAAUAUUUGCAAACACUUGCUGUUCGUAUAACAAUCAUACUUAAUCAACAUUGCAUAGGCCAGUGAAAGCAUGAUACGUUUUGAUGACUUUUUGUAGAUAGCUUUUGCCAAUAAACCUGUAACAAUAAUUUCAUGAUAGAGCUUAAAAAACAAUGUGUAAAAACAGUGAAAUAUAGUGUUUAUUAUAAGAAUUUGGACGAUGUAGGUCACUGGACCAUAUUUUAUAAAAAAAUAUUUUUUUGACGUAUACUAUAUACACUCCGAGGCACUUAUAAACCUACACUUUUUGGCAUACAUUGGUUAUUUCUUGACGGAUUUUGAUUAUCUACAAAUACCUGCUCUAAAUACUUCUAUUCUAUGCAUACAAAGACUGAAAGGCACCGGACUGCGCCGAAACAUCGCUU